UCUUGUUUCUUUACCGACGCUUUUUUCUUUCUGUUAACCGGUGAAGAGAGAAAAGCUACUAUAUAAGUCCGAAGACUGACCUAUUUGUUUAGUUUACUAUGUGCGGUCGGUUCAGAACCAAUACAACAUAGAAAUUUUUUUUAAGAAAAGUUCUUUGAGAGAGUGAGGAUUUAAAGUGAAUGUGACACCGUUGGUUUAUCUUAAAUAUUAAAUAAGAUGAAGAUCACAUUAAUUCUUUUAAUAUCAAUAUGGUGCUUAAAAUUAAAAUCCACAAAUGCAAAUUAUCGAAGAGGAUUAAGACCGCAACCCCCUCGUAAUCAAAUGCAACAAUAUCCAAUGAAUCAAAAGAAAUGGCACAUGAACCAUCAAAAUCGACCGAUUCAAUCGAUUCCUUCAAUACAACAGUCAAUGCAACAAUCAUUGCAGCAAUCAAUGCAACAAACGAUUCAACAAUCAUUACAACAACAAAGAGGUCCCAGACCGAUUCCACUUCAUAUUCCUCAAAAUAGCCAAAAAUUUAAAAAUAAACAACCGCUUGGCCCCCCUCAGUCUCAAAUUGGAAGACAUCCACCACCACCACCACCAAUAAGAAGUUCUUGGCCGAAUCAAAUGUCACAAAUGAAAAUUUUAACAACGGAUAAACCAUUUUUGUCCUCCCCUGCAAUAAAUUUACCAGAAUAUGAUUUCCAUCUGCAAACAAACAGUAUUCCUAAUAACCACCCAAACACGAUCAAGCAAUUAGACGAAAAAGGCCCAAUCCACACGAUUCCAGCACCUAAUUUAAGUUUGGCCGAUAGACCAAAACACGUCGACGAAUUAAAACCGUUUGCACAAGCUUACACGGCCCCCCACCAAAACCUUCAGUUUAAUUUUAACGAUCAACAAAAUCAGGCAGCACAUCAAGUUCAAAAGCUAUAUCAUCAUGGGAAACAUCACAACGAUAAACACAUUCAAAAAAGUCAUCAAUACCAAGUAACUGAAUCAACGAAUCAAGUUUUUUUUAAUUCCGAUUCAAAUCAACAACCACACGCCGAAUUUUUAGUUUCGCCCCAAGUUCAGUUUUCCCAACAACCCCAAAUCGUUCAAGAACCAACGAGUCAACCCAACCCGACUCAAAUGACAACUCAAGAGUUUUAUAAACUCUUAAAUAACUUUCCGAGUCAACAGCAACCGUUAGAAGCUUACGUUCCCGUUCAAUAUGUAACAAACUUCCCGAGAAAUUCCCCUCAAAACUUCAAAAAACAACCACAAUUUCAAAUUUUUGACUUAGACGACCAAAGGAAUCAAAAUCAAAUGAGUCAAAUGACUAAAGUGACUGCCGAUUACAGUGUAAAACCGGCUUAUGAUGAUGGUGAAGCGUUGGCGCAGGCUCAAUUUGUGCAACAUUUCUUUGAUACGAGAAGCGAGGUCAUUUCGAAUAAUAACAAAGUUGAACCGGAAUUGAAACAAAGUUUGGAUGUUUAUUUUCCUAAGAUUUCGACUAAAUUAGAUGUAAAAGGGGCUGAGUCGAUUUUAAAUCUUCAAGAAGCCGGGAAAGUUGUAAACAAUGUUAACGAUAAGAACGUCGAAACCACUAAUUCCGUUCCGAUUUCAAUUUAUGUUCCUGAUAAUGAACGGUUCGAUGAGAAUGAAGAUAAUCAAAAAAGUGGCGGAAAUGAUCAAUUGGAGGAUAAACGGGAAUUUGGAGAAAAUUUACAAGAUGAUGGUGUAGAACAUUUUCAACGACAUCCCAGUUUUGGGAAAAGAAAGAAAAUUAGGAGUUAAUAAGGAUUAAGCAAAAUGUUUUUAGACUUUAAGUAUUGUUGUUUUAUUUAUUUAUGAAUUUUG